UUGAAGGUACCAGACUACUGCCAUGACUUCUGUCAUCAGCCAAUAUCUUCACCUUUUAAAGUGACCAAAGACACAUGCACAAACACAUUGGCCGCUUAUUGCAAUACUCUCAUAUCCCUGGAAAACUCUAUGCAGAAUCUUCUGAGAGACGCAAAGGACAGAUUCCGUAGCUGGGUGACAUGUGCAGGAUUUGAAAAUGUUGAACUAGCUUACAAAAAGGUGGAAAGUAAUGAUUAUCCGAUCAGGUUAUGGAAAGUGUCCAUUGAACUUAAUGCAACACCAUACGUGGCCUUACAAUAUAUUCUUAGAGAACAGCAUACAUGG